CUAACAAGAAACUAGCAUACUUGAGCAGCAACAAUUUUUAUGUUUUAUAUUCUGUUGUUUGUGAAAAUUUUAAAACCGAAGUCAACGGCGUCAGCACGCUUUCUCUGCUGCUGACGUGCUCGAGUUAAUUCUAACAUGUCGCAACAACGCGCCACGGAGCAGAAUGCAGCGAGCAACAACAAACAGGAAGUGAUUACUCUGGACGACGACGACGACGAAGAUGGGGAUGUGCAAUUCCUGGGAGCUGGGCGUCCCAUCGCCACCAUCGAUCUCUGCCUGUCUCCCUCCACUUCGGCGGCGGCCGCUGCUCGUUCCGGAAACGGGCCUGCCGGCGACACAGGAACAGGAUCCGGAUCAGGGUCAGGAUCUGGAGCUGCUGCAGUGGCAUUAGAUCCAAAUUCUACUACUAUGUCAUCCGGCCAUGCAUUAAAAACAUCAAACCAAGAUGCGGCCACCGGAAUUGCUGGCGGAGAUUCUCCAUCAGCAUCUGCUUCUGCCCUGGAGUGUCCCAUCUGCCUUCAAACCUGUAUCCACCCAGCUCGUCUUCCCUGUGGACACAUCUUCUGCUUCUUGUGCGUUAAGGGCGUUGCUUACAAGAACCGACGGUGUGCCAUGUGCCGUCGCGAAAUCCCCGCCGAAUUUCUGGACCAUCCCCAGUUGGUAAACGGCAUCGAGGACAUCUGCACCACCCGCGCCACCGAGGACGGCUAUCAGUGGUACUACGAGGGCAGGAACGGUUGGUGGCAGUACGAUGACCGCACGAGUCAGGACAUCGAGGAGGCCUUCAAGAAGGGCGAAAAAUCCUGCACCAUCCUGGUGGCGGGUUACGUCUACAUUGUGGACUUGGAGCAGCUAGUGCAGCAGCGCCAAAACGAACCCACUCGCUGCAGGAGGGUCAAACGAGAUCUGGCCACCAUACCGAAGAAAGGGGUGGCCGGCUUGCGGAUCGAGGGCAACCAGGUGACCAGCGACACCAUCUUCAGCCGACCUGCCAGCACAGCCCAACCAGGAACCGUGGCAGCAGCUGCCUCCAGUUUCAUAUCCACAAUAGCAGCAACGGAUGCGGCAAUAAGGAUCGCUAGCGACAUAAUUGGGUCCACACUGGCACAUGCGGACGAGCUCACCCGGGGACUGGCAGCCAGCAACAUCAGCGAUGAUUCCAGCAGCAGCGGUGAGCAAUCCAACUCCACAAAUUUACAGGAUGCAGGACGCUCGCCUGUCUCCGCUUCUGGCUCAAGUUCCAUGCAGGAUCUGAUCACGCGGGACCUGAGGAACACACAGCAGGUGAUUGCCCACAAUCAGCACACCAUCGAUCUCUUCGAGCAGGCCUUGAACGACUUCCAGGCACUAACCAUGCGCAACUAUGUAGACUCCAGCGACGAGGAGGAUAACGAAGAGGAUCAGGACCAGCGGGAGCUGCGGGAACGCGACCAGCCGGAGGCGGGCGAGCAGCCCCAGUCCGGCGAUAGUCACCAGGGAGUCUAGAAGUUACACAGCUCACUCUACAAAACACUUACUCUAUUGCUAGCCUAGCCCAUACACUUAAAGAAAAGAUCUAUGUUCCUCUUAGCAGAUCCACUGAACGGAAAGGGAAUGUUAACUAGAGAAAUGCAGCGCGUACCUGAGAAUAUAUCAACUAAAUAUAUCGAUAGGCUCCGAGCGUUGAGCGUUGAGCGUUGAACAGAAAUAGAAACAGAACAGAAAGUCUACAGGGUAAACGAACACAUAUUCCUUUAAACUUUAAAUGAUAUACUUAGCAACAGAGGUUACAGCAAAAUUGAUAGCAGACAAAAAUAAUCUAUAUAAUAUUCCACUCAACUUACUCUAACAAUUGGGCAGAAAAUUGUUUUUAACCUGAGAGAAAUGGCCAGUUUCAGAUUUUAAAAAGCAAUCUCUUCUACUCCCUAAAGAACCUUGCAGUGCUCCGCUGUACAAAGUUUUAACCAUAACCCAAUAUUUAGAUAUUCGAAAAUUCUUCGCAAAACUAAAUUUAUUCGACUGCCAACAGUCUCAUAAUGCAAGCUGGCAAAAGUAAGGCAACCACCAAGACAGAUUAGUGUGAAAACGACAAUAUGUGUGAAUUAGGAUUUACUUGACAUGGAUCCAGUUCUCGAAAGAUAAACAAGCAGGAAAUUCCCAUUUAGAUAAAGGAUAUUCAGUGCGUUUCGUACAACGGAAUGUUUUACGUCUCAAGAAUUGACUUACUAAAAGUUUCUUUGUUUCAACGUCUAUGUUUUCGAAACGCACUGAGAUCAAGGGAAUCAGAUCCAGUAUUAAUUAUUAAGUCGCCGUUAAGUGCGUUAAACAAAAACCGUUCUGUGACAGUUAAAUAUAUUGAUAUUUGUAUUGUGUAAGUUACUAUAAUAAAAGUAUUUAGGAAAAAUGGGGAAGUCAGAUUACAAAUGACUACCUGAAGACCUGAUGUAUAUUAUGUGCAACAAGGAAU